AAACAACGACCACCAUCAGAAGAUUCUCAUCAGAAAUUGUAGUGGAAUGACAGGAACAGCGAAUAUGGAACAAAUUCUGCCAGCGAAAGAAUAUAACGAUAUGUAUAUCGCCACCUGCGUUCUGCAACAACGGGCGGCCGAAAUAAGGAACCUGAAACCCAAUUGGUCUUCUUAUUUACAGUCUCAAAUGAUAUCGCAAGACGUGUUCGAUUUCAUCAGUGCCUACGAUGUGACCGAUACCAAAAGCCAAUUUUUGAAUGACAAUCGUCUACAGUCGGCAAAGUCCUUCUUCAGUCUAUUGGAACAUAUCUCUGACAAAUCGACAAUACAAUAUGUACUUGUUUUGAUUGAUGAUAUGUUGACCAAAGACCGAUCACGUGUGGAAAUAUUUUUUGAAGAUGCUCUUAAAAAAAAGGAACAAGUGUGUGACAUUUUUUUUAACCUGUUGAUUUCUGAGGAUGGGCUUAUAAAAAAUAUGUCUGCUCAAAUCAUAGCAAAAUUUGCCUGUUAUUCAACUGAUCUCAUCAAUGAAAAUUAUCUUACGUCUUACUUAAAUUGGAUUAAAGUGCAACUGCUAUCUGCUAACAAUGAAUACAUGAAAUCGGUGGUUCGCUUCUUGCAAAGGUUACUUCGUCUUCAUGAAUACAGACUUGCUUUCAUUUAUGUUGAUGGUAUAUCUACUCUUUUGAGUAUAUUAUCAGGGCGAGCCGACAACCAACUUCAAUAUCAACUGAUAUUCUGCGUGUGGCUAUUGACAUUUAAUCCACGCUGGGCUGAACAAUUCAACAAAUUUAAUGUUAUUCCAAUUUUGGCAGAUAUUCUUGGUAAUAUUGAGAGAGAAAAAGUUGCACGAAUUAUAUUUGCUGUAUUCCGGAAUUUAAUUGAGAGACCAGAAGAUAACACUAUUUCCAAAGAACAUUGCAUUGCAAUGAUCCAGAGCAAAGUUUUAAAACAACUUAAUACUUUUAAACAAAGGAAUUUUAAUGAUGAAGAUAUUGUUGAAGAUAUACAAUUUUUAAAUAAACGUCUACAAGCAACGGUGCAAGAUCUUAGUUUCUUUGAUGGGUAUGCAAUUGAAGUAAAAUCUGGCCAAUUAGAAUGGAGUCCUGUGCAUAGAUCAGUACAAUUCUGGCGAGAAAACGCAUCUCGUUUAAAUGAAAGAAACUAUGAACUUUUGCGUAUCUUAGUGCAGUUGUUGGAUACAAGCAGAGACCCACUCGUUUUAAGUGUUGCUACUUUUGAUGUUGGUGAAUAUGUAAAACAUUAUCCCCGUGGAAAAGACAUUAUUGAAAAGCUAGGUGGAAAACAACUUGUUAUGAAAAUGUUAAUUCACGAAGAUGCAAAUGUGUGUUAUGAAGCACUAAUAGCUAUGCAAAAAUUUAUGGUUGUCUAA